AACAACAUGAAUUCGAAUAUAUUUGAAUAAUUAAUGCUUGUUUGGCAUUGCUCAGGGUCCGAUUGCUGCACUUCCGGUUCCAUUCCGCACAUGCCCAGAACAUCCAACCAUGCAGUCUAUAAAUGACCCAGUUACAGGUGUGAUGGCGUUUCCAGUAGACCUGCCAGCUUAUGCCUGUAGCCGGACACAGAUUAGAGAGUUCGCGGAGGAGGCCAAGUCGAUUGGAAUUCAGUAUGUUGGUCUGUGUUGCGGUAAUGCAUCCCACUACUUGCGUGUUAUCGCCGAGGUGUACGGCCACAAGCCGCCAGCCAGUAGAUACGCUCCUGACAUGUCCCAGCACUACAUCUAUGGGACACCAUCAGGCCAUUCAAAAUAUUAUACGCAGGAGCUAAAGAAAAAUCUGAAUUGCAAUGGCCUUACAAAAGAAAUGAACUGACAGAAUAGGAUUUUGUUUUAUUGUAGUCUUAGUGUCAUCAUUUGAUAAUAUUAGAGGAACACGUAUUUACAAUAUAAUUAAUAGGCCAUCCAAAAGACAUCCUAUAUUUUCACCUUGUCUGCCCUGAGGAUAAAGACCUGCCCCGAUUAUGAAGACCUGGCUCGAGGAUAAAGGCCUUCCUCUAGGAUGAUAAAGGCCUUCCUCGAGGAUGAUAAAGGCCUUCCUCAAGUAUUAUAAAGGCCUUCCUCGGGGAUGAUAAAAGUCUGUCUCGAUGAUAAAGGUCUGUCUCGAGGAUAAAGGCCUGUUUCUAGGAUAAAGACCUGUUUCUAGGAUAAAGGCCUGCCUGGAAGAUAAAAGCAUGACCAGAUGAUAAAUGCCUGUCAUCUGAACCGUGGUAUUUUGUGUCCUGUGAAUGCAGGUCCAAACUGUGACAUAUCAGUUUAAACCUUUUUUUCUUUUUUUUUAAAUUUGUUCGCAUUGUAGAUCCAGCCAUGAAUACAUAAAAUAAAUAUAAUGUUGGAGUAUAA